AUGAACUCCACCACGUAUCUAUCGCAAUUGAAGACUCUUGAGGCUGUUUGGGAUCGUCAUGCCAACAAGAAUUUCUAUCAGAAUGUCCGUCGUGCAGUCCAAGCUUGGUUGGCCGAGGGCCAAGGAGUCGGUCAGCGUCGCAACGAUCAGAAUAUGAGCCGUAACAAUCAAGCCGCUGGAGCACCUCCUCCACCAGACGACGAUGACGUUGAUUGGAAGCGCCAUCGACAACAGCAGCAGCAGCGACAAGCCGGUGGUGCCAACGUCGAUCAAAACCCGGAGACUCCCACUCGUAUGCAACGUGGCAUUGAAGAGAUUUUAGGAGAUUUGUCCUUCAACAACACUACCAUGAUGCACCAUGCUUUUGCCUGGCGUGAAGGAAUUCGCCGCGAUUUGGAUCCGGCUGCUCUGAUUGAAGCGCCGCCUGUCUACAAGCGAGUCAGCGUCGAUGUUCUAUUGCCCGGAUCAACGAAUCUUGACCAGUUGGAGUGUUCUAUUCUCCAGCCCGCGAGCCAGAAGAAGGUCAAGAUCAAAUACACCCCACCGCGAACUUUCUGGAAUGCCCGACGCACUGCUGUUCGCAUGGCUGCCCAUGGUGGUGUCCGUGGAGCUGCUGUGAACAUUGCUGCAGAUCGUCUUUUGGCCAUGCAUCGUGUCACAAGUCAUGAAGAUUCAAUUGCAGAGUUGACUCCCGAUGACCUCACUAUGGAAUUCACCAUUGACUUGCCUUUCGAAGUUGAGCCUGACUUUACCACUCGGAAUGACUGGGGCGUCGUUGGUCAAGGACGUGGAGUGCAGAUUGCUACGUAUCGUCAUGAGGACAAUCGCUUUGUUGUCACCAAUCAAGUCGUAUGGAUCCUUCAUCUUGAGAUGGUGGCCCGUGAACGUCGCAUCGCCACACCCAGCCGUCCUGCUGAUGCCUUUGACGAGAUGCAUAUGCAAGCCUAG